AUGGCUUAUACAGCUGGUACUUUUAAUCCGCUGCGAUCUUUAUUCCCUGGGAAAGAAACCUGGAAAGUCAAGGUUCGCGUUCUUCGUGUGUGGGAGAUGUUUCCUGUCGGUGAUCCUUCCAAACCUUAUGCCAUUAAUCUUGUCCUAAUUGAUGAACAGGGAGUCAAAAUUGAAGCUUAUAUUAACAAGAAUUACAUGCCGAAGUUUCGAGGUGAAUUUGCUGAUGGUAAUGUGUAUAAGAUAACCUAUUUUGCUGUUGGUGUAAAUGGUGGUGCAUUUCGUGCAUGUGAACAUGAGUACAAGAUAUUUUUCACUUCAAGGACUCGUGCUGUCCCUGAUUCUUGUGAUAUCAUUCCAACUGUUGGGUUGACAUUGAAGAACUCUGCUGAGAUUGAGGCUACUUUGGGGGAUUCUGAUUAUCUCAUAGAAGUUCCAAGUGAGAGGCAGUAUGAAAAAUCUGGAAAUGUAACAAGGAAGAUUGAGCUUGAGCUAAUUGAUGACAAGGGUAAGGUCAGGUGUGCUCUCUUUGGAAACUAUGUGGACAUUGUGAAGGAAUUGUUAGCUGGAAAUGGGAGCAACUUACCGGUUGUUGUUGUGCAGUUGGCUAAAAUUAAGUCAUUUAGAGGUAAUGUGGUUAUUCAAAAUGUCAUGAAUGGGACUAAGAUUCUUUUUAACCCUGAUAUUCCUGAAGUGACCUCUUUUCGGAAUGGUUUGGCAUUGCAUGGGAUUGAUUUUGACAUUCCUAUUGGUGAGAUUGAUGGUGGGGUUCCUUAUGUGACUGUUGAUGAGGAGUUUAUUUCCCAGUUUCCUAGGAAGACAAUUCAGGAGUUGCAUUCCACUGCAGAGGAGGGUAUAUUCAUAGUAUUGGCUACAAUAAGUGAUUUGGUUGAUGGGGAGAGAUGGUAUUAUACCUCGUGCCGCUGUCAUAAAUCAUUAACUAUUGAGCAAGGUCUCUAUUACUGUCGGGGAUGCGCAAUGUUUGUGCUUGAAUUGAUUCCAAGGUUUAUAAUUAAGGCUGAGGUCUAUGAUGGGGAAGAAGCAGCUACAUUUGUGAUGUUUGAUACUGAUGGUGAAUCUAUCAUUAGAAAGAGUUGCAAAGAUUUGGUUCUGGGUAGCAAGAUUGAUUCUAUUGGUGAAUACCCUGAUGCUGUGAAGGACAUAGUUGGGCGCGAGUUCCUUUUCAAGGUUGAGAAAGUCUGUGACCAUGGUGUGAAAUUUGAUGAUUCUUUUAAAGUAAAGAAGAUCUGUGAUAAUCUUGGUGUCAUUGAAAUGUUCAAGUCUAAAGUUGUUGUUAAUACUCCUACGAAGUUGAUAACCGAUGCAUUUGUUUCCAAACUUGCUUCUGGAUCAAAUGAUCAUCCAUUGAGUGACAAUAUGGCUGAUUAUUCUGGUGAACUGUCAGAAAUUGGGGGGAUCGCUGUUUCGCUUGAUGACAUUUCACCUGUGGAAUGUUCUUCUGUUCUUUCUGCUGCUGGUUGUUCUGCUGAUCGCGAUUCAAGUUCUGGGAACGUGCCAAGAGGAUGAGGACAAGGAAGGUCAAACUUGAUCUUUAGGGAUUUGGCUAUGAAUGAAGUGGGGAGUACUUUUAUGUAGUAGUUUGAUGUUCAGGACGUUAUGGCUUAGUUUGUACCUUAUGUUAAUUUCAUCCUCUUUUUGGGACUUGUGUGGCAGUGAAUGUUAAGCUUAUUUUGUUGUUUGAUCCUUGGUGGUGAUAUAAUGUUUUGGGUGGAUAAUUUGUAAGUUUGCUUACAAGCUUCUGUGGGAGUAAUUUGUUUCAGUUAUGUACUUAUGAUGUACUUAAAUAUUGUAAUUUUCUAAAAUUUUAAUUAUCAAAGGAUUGUACUGUUAGUUGAUAAC